UCCAGUCACUUCCCGCACGCGUGAUUGUUUACAUCUACAAACCUGCUUGCAAACUGGACGUUGUUGAUGGCCACAGGCAGAUCAGCAGUGAACCUGAGCACGUUCUCCAAUAUAAACAUUUUGAUGAACGCGUCGACAUGCUGCGGGGCAAAACCAUUAUCGUGACGGGGGCAAACAGUGGCAUUGGAAAAGCCACGACCGUGGAGUUGCUGAGGCGUCAGGGCCGGGUGAUCAUGGCAUGUAGAGACCGAGAGCGGGCAGAGAAAGCAGCCCACGAGAUCAAGCAGGAGGCCGGACCGGAGCAAGGGGAUCUAGUGAUUAAACUCUUGGACCUGGCAUCGCUUAGAUCUGUCCGUAGAUUUUGCGAAGAGAUAAUCAAGGAAGAGCCAAGGAUUGAUGUCCUUAUCAACAAUGCUGGCAUCUACCAGUGUCCUUACACCAUAACAGAAGAUGGAUUUGAGUUGCAGUUCGCUGUCAAUCAUCUUGGCCACUUCUUGCUCACCAGCCUCUUGCUGGACCUCCUCAAGCGCUCUGCCCCUAGCCGCAUCAUUGUGGUAUCCUCCAAGCUCUACAAGUAUGGUGACAUUAACUUUGAUGACCUGAACAGUGAGCAGAGCUAUGAUAAAGCUUUCGCUUAUGCACGGAGUAAACUGGCCAAUCUUCUCUUCACACUGGAGCUCUCUCACAAACUAGAGGAGACAGGAGUGACCGUAAAUGCUCUCACCCCAGGGAUCGUUAGGACUAACCUGGGCAGGCACAUCCACAUCCCACUGCUAGUGAAGCCUCUGUUUAACCUGGCUUCCCGAGCCUUCUUCAAGUCCCCCGAGGAGGGAGCACAGACUUCCAUCUACCUGGCCUGCUCCCCAGAUGUGGAGGGCGUUCUGGGUAAGUGCUUUGCUAACUGCCAGGAGGAGCAGUUGUUAGCUAAAGCCACUAAUGAAGAGGUGGCCAAGAAACUGUGGGACAUCAGUGAAGUGAUGGUGGGCAUCACGACCUGAAGGAAGGAAAGACAGAAAAGAAGACUUGAUCGUAAUGUUCAUGAUUCUUUUUAAAUAGCUAAAUACAAGUGAUGCAUGAAGUAACGUCUUGAUUGAAAAAUAAUGCACUUUCCUUUUUUUUUGCCACCAAUUAUUUUAGGUUGACUUUGUGUUGGAAGGCAAAUAUGCCAUGAAACAUGAACAAAAUGUACUCCUCUGCACCACAGGAGGGAGCUGUUUUUGCCAUUCAUAAACAUUUACUGUAUGCAGUACAUUUGAAAUGCUAACUGUAAAGAUUGUUAGUUCUACUGCAACAAUAACAGUGCUUGUGUGUAUUUCUGUUAGGCUUUUCACAUUUUAAAUUUUUAACCCACGGUCAGUUUUAACCCUGGAUUAACAUAAUAUUAGGUUAUCUUGUUUUAUGUUUCACAGUGUUCAUACUUUACCCUGGAUUAGUCCAUCUGUGGAAAUGAAAUGUAAAUCUGUAAGGAAAAUCCGCUCUGGUUGCCUCAAGCCUUCUGAAAUACACAACUAAAAGUAAUAUAUUUUCUUCAUUCCAAUUCAAAACAUUUUAAAGUUUAUUUCCUUCAGACCAGUUUGUCUAACCCUCUGGAACAUGGCCUUAAAGAGUUAAACAUGGCCUUAAAGAGAUAGUUAACCCAAAAAUGAAAACUCUCACCCUCGUGCCAUCCCAGAUGACAUACUUUCUUCUGCUGCACACAAACAAAGAUUUUUAGAAGAAUAUCUCACCUCUGUUGGUCCUUACAGUGCAAGUUUAUGUGGCUUUUAUGUGAUUUGUGAAGCUUCAAAAGGUCUUGUCACCAUUCAUUUGCAUUGUAAGGACCAACAGAGCGGAGGAUAUUCUUCUAAAAUCUUUGUUUGUGUUAUGCUGAAGAAAGUAAGUCAUCUGGGAUGGGAUGAGGGUAAAUGAUGAGAGAAUUUUCAUUUUUGGGUGAACUAUCUUUUUAACAUGGGUUUCAAAAGACAUUUAUCCAGUGUUAAGCGCCGAGUGAAACGCAUUUAUGGUGUAUUAAUGCAUUUUCCAACUCAGCACAGUUUCAACUACACAUUUGUUAUUUAAAACACACACACACACACACACAUUUUCAGUGGGGAAUCACUACCGACAAUGUGGUUGAGACUAGAUGGAUUAUUAAAUUGAGAAUCGUCACAAAAAACUUUUAGGUCUAAUCUCUUCUGUGACCAAGCACUUGGUGAUGGUCAUUAUAUUGUGCCUAAUUUCUGCUUCACAGAUUGUUAAAUGUGUCUGCUGCUAGCAGUGUGACUAUACUGUACACAUUGCAUGUAAUUUGCACUUCUCUUACCAAAGAUCAGGGAGAUUGAGAUAUAAAUCUAUAGAGGCAUUUAAUAAAAAUGCAUUAAACAAAGCACUGUAUUAAAAGUAUAGAUAUCUUUUUUAUUAUUGAGUAUUUGCUUCAAACAUGUAAACUAUGCAUUCAGAAUGAAAGUGUGAAAAUGACUUAUUUUGCUUUUUUGGCAAAUACUGAUCACAUCUCUUGAAUAGUGACUCAUUCUCUUCUCUUUUAAAGGGGUCUUGACAUGAGGAAUUACAUUUUCCUUAAUCUUUUGACAUAUAAGAGGUCAUUGUACUAUUAAAACAUGUUGUAAGUUUCAGAGCUCAAAACUUCCUCCUCACUGCAAAAAGAGAAUUUGUUAAAACCAAGCUGCCAAAACGACUCGUUCCCUGCUUCCUCCACAUUGUGAUGUCACACUGUGGUAGACAUUUGCAUCUGACCGCCUCCACAACAACACAUCAAUGCCUACUUUACCGCAUUACUUCCGUAGCCUGCCCAGUAGUGGUGAUCAGUGAGAUGGCAAGAAGAGGGCAGGUCAAUCAAGAGCAGAGAGCCAAUCAUGACAGUGGGGGUUUACUGUCAAGUCUUAAAGGAGAAUCAGCACCAAAACUGUGUUUGUUUUUUUUUUUUUGUUGUGCAAAAAACUUUACUUAUAUUAUAAGUGACCCUGAAGGAACAUAUUAAAAUAAUUUUAAAAAGCAUAUCAUGACCCCUUUAAAGUGUAACUAUAUAAAAAAGGUUGAAAUAUCAGGCCUAAUUCAUUUGUUGUGUGCACAGUUUAAGCGGUUUUGUAUUUUACCCAUGGGGAAUAAAAAAUUAUUUGAAAUACUUAGUAAAUACAAAAUUGUGACUUUUUCCAAAGUAUCUCUGUGUUACCUAACCAUAGGUGUGGUAAUUCCAAUGAUAAACUGUCUUCCUAUUAAACAGUCUAAUUUCUGGGUGUUUUUCAUGGUUUAAUCUUGCAGUACUCUGUAACAUUUAAAUUGUA